UGGCUUCCAUGGGCAUGACCCACACAUGGUACAGAGACAUACAUGUUGGCAGUACAACCAUACACAUAAAAUGAAUUUGAAAAAGACUUGAAUAAGGAUGCAAGACUAGCAAAGGAAAGAAAUGAAUUUAUUAUUUAUUUAUUUGUUUGCUUGUUUAUUUAUAGGCCAGACUGGCUUUGAACUCAGAGAUUAGUCUACCUCUACUUCCUAAGUCUGGGAUUAAAGACGUGUGUCACCACCACCCACCCCGCUCCCCAAUAGCAAUGAAUUUAUAAGAUUACAAACUGUUUAUAGGAAUUAUAGGAAAUAAUAGGGAUUUUUAGGAAGAUAGGGCCUGAUUAUCUAAGACAAGAAAGUGACCAAUCUCUAUAGUGGGAUCCCUGAAUCUCAUCUCUUAUAGAACGUUUGUCCAGAAAGAAACCAUUAAGGCACAUUUGGAAUUGCCCAGAAGCUCAUCUAGGGGUCUGGAGAGCUCGACCACAUUCCUCACUGCUUUUGUACAGAUUUCUACUUCAGGUCCUCUGCUUGUCAACAGUAGAAGUGCUUUAAAAUCCCUGCUGGGGUUGUUUUUCUGCACUCAGAGGGAUUCUGCAUGCUGGUCAGUUCACUUGGGAGAUCAGCCAGGAGGGCAGUGUUAACUCCAGCCAGCCUGUUCGCCUCAGUCCCAGAUGCUUCAGUGUUUGGGGCGCUCCGUAACGUACAUGCUAAAAUCUUGCCUCCCAACGUGAUGGUAUUGAGAAGUGGGACUUGUGGAGCUGGUGGCAAGGUUUCAGGAAUUAGAUCAGUACCUUUACAGGCCAAGGGGGCUCUACCACGUGAGGGCCUAGUGAGGCCUGAACCCUAAGAUUAGUAAACUGGGCUGAUGUGAUUGGGGGCGUGUGGUCAGACUGGCAGCUCGCUCAGUUUAAGGCCAUGUCCUGCCAUCCGGGACUCCACAGUCCUUACACAGCCUGAGGUUCUCGUUCAUUCCGAUGCUGUGGCUGGACAACUGUUCUCAGGCAGGAAACUGAUUCUGCUUCUGAUGCCAGAAGAGAAGAAAGCAGAGGAACCAAGCCAGAACCAGACGUGAUGUCAUGUAACACUGUGACAUCACAGUGUCCUUUUCUGCUGUUCUUGCCCGUUUCUGUCUCCCUGUUACCACGCCUUCUCCCGGUCGUCUGGCUCCCGCAAUAGCUGCACACACUCACAGACACCAUCCGGGCCCCCAGGCCCUUCCCCUACUGUCUGCCUCCACCACCACCUGCAGUCAGCCAUGGCCUCAGAAGCAGAAAGAACAUUCCAGCGGUUUGCUGUCUUUGGAGACUCAUCCAGCAGCGGCACUGAGAUUAACAACAAGAACUUCUCCAAACUCUGUAAAGACUGUGGCAUCAUGGACGGCAAGGCGGUGACCUCCACAGAUGUGGACAUCGUGUUCAGCAAAGUGAAGGCCAAGAAUGCCAGAACCAUCAACUUCCAACAGUUCCAAGAGGCGAUGAAGGAGCUGGGCCAAAAGCGGUUCAAGGGGAAGAGUGUAGAUGAGGCUUUGGAAGGUGUUUACAAACUCAUGGAAGGCAAGGACCCCACCACCUCUGGUGUCACUAAAGCAACAACGGUGGGUGGAGUAGACCGACUGACAGACACCAGUAAGUACACCGGAACCCACAAGGAGCGCUUUGACGAGAGUGCUUCACAAGAAGGCAACGCAGAAAUGAGCUCAUGAACCUUGUGCCCAAUUUCCCCCAGUGGUUUUUCCACGGCUGGAAACUGGGUCUGCCUCUUCAUCUGACACCUGAGUGGCACAGACCCCGGAGUCUGGGAAACGUUGGGCAGAGGGCAGGGAAAGGGGACGGAGAGGCUUUGGGAAGAAUGGAAAAGAUGACUUGAGAAGACUGGUGGACCAAGGUGAGAGAAGAUGGGAGACAGAGGCUGGGACAAGGUAGACAACAUGGCUACCAGUGCUCAAGUGUCGGAAGAGCAGAGGAGACAACACUAGGCUCCACGGUGGGAGGGGGUGGGGAAGGGUAGGCUGUACAAAGUGGAUGGGAAGAUCACAGAGAGAGAGGACUGGAAGAUAAAGUGAGCCUAAGGGUUGUCGGGAGGCUCCUUCUGCCCAGGAGUGGCAGGAAUUAUAAGGGAAGUUGGGGAGACUGACACUAGAAACAGGGAUAGAGAGAAAUACUGGGACUGGGUGCUUGUUGCUAUGGUAUGAGUUGGGGCCUGGGCCUCCAUCCAGAAGUUGGGAUCUGGCCCAGUAGACGGACAAACUCUGCCAGCUGGACGCCGGCGGCUUCUUGGGUGGGUUUUACUGUCGCUGGGCGAGGGAGGCUCAUAGUGGGGGUGAUGAGAAGGUGCAAAGAGCCUGGAGGAGGGCGGGGCUCCGCCUCUGGAGUCGGGAACAGGCUUUGGGGUGGCAUGCAGAGGCCUGUUGGAGGUGGGACUGUUUGGCAAGCCUAGUAGAGGCCAAUGAUGCCUAUCGGUACAGCGUUUUGCUUGCUGGAGCACAGCAAGUACAGCCUCUGGUUGGUCAGGGUGCUGUUGUAGCUACAGCUGGUUGGCGGCUUUUUAGAGCCCCGGGUGCAGACGGUGAUGGGGAAGGAGUUCUGAGUGAGCGUGCAGUACUCAUUGUAGUUCUCGCAGAAGUUCUCGCUGUUUCUGCAGAACUUUUGGAUGCCUUCCCAGGGGGCAUGGACCACGUAGUGGAUCUUAGGGCAAUACCAGUCCUGCAUUCUGCCCCUCAAAUAGGCCAUGAGCCCGUUACAGUACCCGUGGAAACCCUUCGGGUAGUUAAUCCUGGGGUAGUCAACGUGUAAGGUGCGGAAGUUCUUGAUGGCGAUCUCCAUCUUGAUGCCUGGCACCAGAGUUGGCCGUAGGACUAGCUGGAGGCAAAGGAGCCAGAUCCCGUCUCGCGCCAUACCUUCUGCUGGCAGAGUUACGGUAAUGAGUGGCACAUUAGGCCCAAAGAGACUGUCCACCCUUCCCAGAGCCUCCAGUAUUCUCCAGUUUCCCCUUUGGGCCUCCCUUGUCCUCGAAGGACUGCUCAGUAACUUACAGAUCCUGUAAGACAGGCACUUGCUCAAGGACCCCCUUGCCGGGCCGUCUCCAGCAAGCCGUUCUCCCCUGUGGUGCACCACUGAGUCUGUCUGACCCAGUCCUUGGGCUGCGGUGCAAAAUCAGAGGUCCUGCUUGUCCUCGAGUGAGAAAUGUGUCUGAAUGCUCCCCGUUUCCUGGCACUCCUUACGGUAAAUACAGGAGUGAAGGGCAGGCAACCGUGCCUGUCUCUCAUAGCGCUGCUGGCAGAAACUGAAGUCAGAGGAGUGGGAGGCAGGAGUGCAUCCUGCCUGAGGCCUCUUCCAGCCUGGAGGUGGGAUAAGGCUGAAAAGGUUUCUGGAUAGAGUCUGGAAGGAGGGCCUGUCCCCUGGGUUUGAGAAGCCAUGUGCUAAGGGCUAAGAUGAGUAGGAGGAAAGAUACAUUGCUGUCUGAUCUCAUCUUUGGUGUCUUCAGAACACUUAGUUCCAACCGCCUGACCAGAAACUCCCAAGUCCCUGGGCCUUCUUUGAUGCUUGCUCUGGCCCACUGGUCCUGCUUUCAGCAAAGUAGGAAGGAAAGAACCAUCUUGUUGCUGAAGAACAAAGUGUUUACCUUUGAUCAAGGCGUCUCCAACGACUCAUCCCACUUACAACCCCCAGGGGCCAUGGGCAUGGGCACCUCCCACCAAAAUGACUGAGAACAAAGAGCCUUCGCAAGAACACAGUCCUCGGCAUCACCUGCCGGUGCCAACACCUGCACCUGUGGCCCGAGGCCCGUCCGUGCAGAGCCCUGCUAGGAACCUAUGUGUGCUGCUUCACGGUGACCUGUCCUGCUGAGGAAAGGGCUAACAAGUCUCUCAGCUUCUUAUCAGAUGUCUGAAUCUUCUUCAGAGUCAAGAAGCUAGCUCCAAGGACCUGCUAGCUCUAGCCCCUGUCUCCCACAGACAUUACAGCCUCUUCUCCCUGCACGUCUUCUGCACAUCUGCACAUUUUGGGGCUUUAUUUGGUGAUGGGAGUCUCACUAUGUAGCCUAAGCUGGUCUUAGAUUGGUUAUCCUCUGUCUCAGCCCCUUGAGUGCUGGAAACACAGGCAUGUAUCACCCCCACCCAGCGCCCUGGGCUUACUCUCAGGAGAACCUCUUCACCUUCAGCAGUAGCAUGAAGGGAGUCAGAAGGACCCAGUACUCUGGGGUUCCUUGUGGAGCUCAGGGGAAGGAGAAGUUGGUCCCAGAGAGCAACAUCCUUGUGUCUCUCUGUGGUCCUUCAUUUUCAGCAUCCUCUGGACUUGCUCUUCCCGGCUGCACAAACUAGAGUCCAAAAUUAAAUCUGUUCUCUUCAAACUUA